AGAAAGUUGGAGAUCUUUCGUGUUUGGGUCAACAAGGGAAAAGAAAGAGUUCUAAAGAAAAAUCAGGCGUUCUCCAGGGUCUUGCACGCAGAACUAAAACUGUGGCCUAUAUGCACAACUGAACACCUGCAGUUCUUAAGAUCAUCUCAUUCUGGUCAUGGUGGUAAACAUGGCCUCUCAGAAUUUCUUCCAGCCAGUUUCAUCGUGGAUCUCCCGCAUGUGUGAAGCCGUUCAUAUUACAGGAGGAGGCUCUAUAUCAAACUCAGUAACAAACUUAAACAAAACUCAGUCAGCGGGCGGCAGCGAUGAUGACUCUGAGUUUGAGGAAGAAUUUUAUGUAGAGCCGGAAGAAGAUUCUGAGGAAGAAGAAACAUGCUUUUCCAAAGAAAAUUCAAGUGUGCUCCAAGAAGAAUCUCCUAAAGACAUUUCUACUACGUCUAAACGAAUGGGCAGAGAGCAUGAAGAAACCAGCUGGCCAGAUACUCUUCCUUCAAUACCAGAAGAGGAAGAAGAAUCUUUAUUCAGUCAGAGAAACGGCACUGAUUAUUCUACACUGAGCAAUAUAGGAACUAUUAGUGUAACCAGUUAUGGGGAGGAUGAAGAACUAACUACAUCUUCAGACAGUGAUGAAGAAGUGUUUAAGCAGUUUCAAAUCUCAGUAUCACGCUCGCAGAGUUUUCGCUCAGCAGUAUCUGAAAAGGCAACUCAAGCCGGCUCAGAAAAUAAACAAAAAUUCAACCGAUUGCUCUCAAACCACGAGGAGCAGAGUACAGAGGCCUCUGAAUGUGAAGAUUUGGAUGUGCUGAGUUACCAGUCGUAUUACGAAGACGAUCACCUAUCAGUUCACUCAGGACAAAUAUCAGAGGCUGAAGAAGUCCAAAAUGGUUCAAGACAGGAAGCAGGGUCUCACUGUAGUGUUAGCCGUCAAGUCACUGAUGGAGGACAGGAGAUGGAAACGGCUUUUAGCAACAAUGGGUUUGAAGGAAAUGAUGCUACAGACAGCUCCUCUGCAUGGAGCCCAGAGGAACAAGUUGAUGCAGGCCUUCCACCAGUUAGCACCCAUGAACCAAUUUCAAAAUGUGGAGACCUGGAUGUCAUACUGGAUUAUAAUCCCGCCAAACAAAAACUGUCCGUAACAGUUGUGGAGGCGAAAGGGAUUCCAGACAAGGACCGUAGUGGUGUAAACACAUGGCAAGUGCAUGCUGUGUUACUACCGAACAAAAAACAGAGGGGAAAGACCACCAUUCAAAAGGGACCAACACCAGUCUUCAAUGAGACCUUUACAUUCCAUAAAGUGGAUAUAGAGGAUCUGGCUACCAAUGCUGUUCGGUUCCGCCUGUAUGCCGUGCUCAAGAUGAACCGCGAAAAAAUGAUGGGGGAGAAACUGUUCUACUUAAGUACUAUCGUCCCAGAGGGAGAGAACAAAAGGACACUUGUUCUAGAGCCCCGGAGCAACCUAAGUACCGGAGAUUCUCAGUUUAGUUUUACUGCAAUCUCUCAAAGCGACAGUGCGUCAUCCACGCAAUCCUUGUCUCACGGCGGCGUGCCAGAGCUACUUGUAGGCUUGUCAUACAACGCAACGACAGGAAGGCUUUCUGUGGAACUCAUUAAAGGUAGCCAUUUUCGGAACCUUGCCAUUAACAGGCCUCCCGAUACCUAUGGAAAACUUACUCUCUUAAGCGCUGUGGGUCAUGAGUUAUCACGAUGUAAAACAUCUGUUCGCCGUGGCCAACCCAACCCUGUCUACAAAGAAACCUUCAUCUUCCAAGUUGCCCUGUUUCAGCUCACUGAAGUCACCCUGAUGAUUUCAAUUUACAACCGUCGCACCAUGAAAAGAAAGGAGAUGAUUGGGUGGAUUUCAAUGGGUCAAAACAGUAGCGGUGAGGAAGAAAAGAGUCAUUGGUUAGAGAUGAAGGAAUCUAAAGGACAACAAGUGUGCAGAUGGCACACACUGCUUGAAUCUUAGGUGUAAAAGAACUGCCCUUUUUUGGGGGGGGAAAGUAGGAAUAUGGGUGUAUCACACCAGAAGACUCCAUGGCUUUACUCCAUGGCUGGAUUUUGUAUUAGCAAUCUAGGGGUGUGUCUAGGUUGUGUUAAGGUUUUGAGGCUCCUAGCAGACAGUGACAUCAUACAACUCUAAACAUUCAACCUAGGGUGUCCCAGGUUGGACUCUCCCCAAUUUAAACAAUAUAACACCUUUUCUUUUGCAUUGCACUAAUUCUUAGCACUGAUGUAGUUAAACACAAUAUUACAUUGAUUCAUCUGCUUCAACAUAGAAUUUUGCUUAAGAAUGCACUAUAUUUGUAAUGGGAAAAAACAGACACCAGAAAUGUUGUUCUUAGUAGUUACAAAAAAGUAAAUCCAUGUUUGUUACCGUAUGUAUAAAACAUUAUCAUGCAUUAGGUAAAAGGGGUACUUUCUUUACCGUGUUUGAGUACUGUUGGUAGCCAAAAUAGAUCUUAAAAUCGGAAACAUUUUGUGCCACAUAUAUCUAUGCUACAAAGUGACUCAUGUUACAUCAAGGAAAAGAACAAAGAGACAUUUGGACUUAAAUAUGAAUUCUCUUAAGGUAAAUUGCACCUAUAGCUGUAAUCUGUAUUACUGAACUGCCCAUUAUCCCUCUGAGUGCCUUUGGGGAGUGCAUUGCAUUGCCGUGCAGCAAGAAGAGGGUUCUGUUUUAGAUCUCUACAGAAAUGAUAAAUGUUCGAUAUAUUUUACUGUCAUAUUGUGAAAUAGCAUUGCAUAUUUAACUGCAUGAGCUCACAUAAAUGGUCUUCUCUGCUUGUAUUUUUAAUUACUUGGAAUGAAUUUGAUACUAAUUUAGACUGAAUUAUAUAUUUUCAGAAAGCAUGGAAAGCAAUAAAGAGUUUUUGCUGUA